GCCAUCACAUCCGACGGAUCUAGACCCCAGACAGAUUGAUUCACCUAACCCUUGUCGAUCAGCCUCGAGUUACAGCUCUCAAUUGGGACGAGCCAGUAUGUCUCACCAACACGAACCUGAACUGCCCGACCUACCCGAAGCCCCGCCUUCGAGGGUCUACGGUCAAGGUUAUGCUUUCAACCACCCUGCCCCGACCGUCCAGCAGUACAAGGCCGACAAGACGGCCCACGAAAAAGAGGCCGAGGAGUAUGCGCAGCAGAUGGAGGCUAUACGGGUUCGCAAAGAACGAGAGGCCGCCGAAGAGCAACGUCGAAUCGAUUCCCAGCGCAGGUCUGUAGAUACUGAUCAUACUCGGGUCAACGGGAACGGGGAUCAGCAUGGGCAGCACGGACGAACUCCUAGCAAGGGAGGAGAAGGUCAAGCGGCCAACGAGAAGAAGCCUCAUCACCGCAAAGCGACGGGCAAGGAGAAGACUGAGGGUCAGAUGGAAAAGGAGCAGAUGAUGGAUAGGAUGAACGCCAACCAGGUCGACCCGAUCACUAGGAACAAGAAGGGUCCUAAAGGCGAACGUCGGGUCAGAGACCCCACGACCGGCGGCGAGGUCAUCAUCAAGGAUGCCGACCCCAAAGACUUUGAUCCCGCCCGUCCUUCGAACAAGGGCUCCAACGUCCUGCUCCACCCCUUUCCUCCUCCUCGUCCUGCCAAGCUCAACUACAUUCAACACAAGAUCCAACUGCUUGGAGUCGCCUGUGCCGUGGGAAUGGGCUUGAUCUGGCUCUUCACGGCGUUUGGGAACGGGUUCUGGAGGUUUGUCAAGAACAGUUUCAUCUGUGCUGCUGUCGGUGGUGUCUUGGUCACGCUCGUUAGCUUUAUCGGACGCGGUCUUGAGGCCGAGGUCGAUGCCAUUCGAUAUGACAUGCAUCGUCAACGAGGCGAAAUCUACUCUCCCCCCACCCCGGAAUCCGUCGAAUGGCUCAACAACCUGAUCAAGCUAUUCUGGGGAUUGGUCGACCCCGGUCUUUUCAUCUCGAUUACCGACAUGGUCGAGGAUAUUAUGCAACAGUCCCUCCCCGGAUUCGUCGAUGCCGUCAGAAUCAGCGAUAUGGGGCAGGGGACGAACCCUUUGAGGAUUCUCUCUAUCCGAGCUUUGGCAGACGAGCAGGGCACGCCGGGUUAUCCGAAAAAGCAUUGGAUUGACAAGGGCGAGAAGAAUGCCAAGAGCAAGGAUACGAUGGGCAAAACCGUGGAAGAGGACGAGGCUGGAGACUACUACAACUUCGAGGUCGCUUUCGCCUACCAAUCCGUUGAUAGUAGCCACCCCGACUCGAAGUCCAAGAAUAUCCAUCUCCUGAUCGAGUUCUUCCUGGGAGCCUUUGACUGGUUCCACUUGCCAAUCCCUAUCUGGAUCCAGGUCGAAUCGAUUGCGGGAACAGUGCGUCUUAGAUGCCAGAUGAUCCAGGAGUUCCCCUAUGUCAGGAAUCUCACGUUCGCUCUUUGUGGAGUACCUCACGUUGAGGUCAGCGCGAUCCCCAUGUCCCGCAAGCUUCCCAACGUGCUCGACUUGCCUAUGAUCUCCAACUUUGUUGAUAUGGCCAUUGCGGCUGGUACGGCCGAGUUUGUUGCGCCCAAGUCGAUGACGUUGAACUUGAAGGAGAUGCUUACCGGCGCUGCUCUCGGUGAUACUACCGCCAUCGGCGUCUUUGUCAUCACCGUUCACUAUGCCGAGAACCUGUCCGCACAGGACAGUAACGGAAAGUCGGACCCUUACGUCGUGUUGGCCUAUGCCAAGUUUGGGAAACCCUUGUAUUCUACCCGAAUCAUCUUGGGAGACCUGAACCCGGUUUGGGAAGAGACAGCCGUCUUGCUCGUUACCAUGGAUGAAGUUCGAUCCAAGGAAGAUCUCUCUGCCAUGUUGUGGGACUCUGACAAGCGAAGCGCCGACGACCUGGUCGGCCGAGUGCAGAUUCCGGUCAAGGAGUUGAUGGAAAACCCUAACCAGAUGGUGCGAAGGACUGACGAUCUCAUGGGAUUUGAGGACGCCGACGACAUGAGCGGUAAACUCAACUGGAGCAUCGGAUACUUUGAAAAGGUUCCCCUUCGUAAAGAGCUCGAGAGGGGUCUUAACGAAGAGGAGAAAAAGCAACAGCCUGCUCAGCCUACCAGGACCGCGCCCGAGAUGGAGAUGCUGCCUGGUGAUGCCGCGCCUAACCCUGCCAAGAAGGACCUGCCCCCUCCUCCUCCUGAUAUCCUCCGAACUCGUCCCGAUCCAGAAUUCCCUUCGGGAGUGCUCAAUGUCACUAUUCACCACGCUAUCAACGUCGAACGUCAAAACCUGAAGGGCAGAACCGGUGAACGCGAGGGCGAAGCUGGACAAGACACUGAUCAAGCUUCGGAACAGGCCGACAACUUGCCUAGCGUCUACUGCGAGAUUAUUGUCAACGAUGAAAUGGUUUUCAAGACUCGAGUCAAACAAUAUACCUCCAACCCCUUCUUCGAGGCUCCGGUUGAAGUAUUCUGCCGUGACUUCAGGGACACUGUUAUCAGGGUCGUCAUGCGAGACAGCAGGCUGCGUGAGGGAGAUCCUAUUCUCGGAGUCGUUUCCUUAAGGGCAGCCGAGAUCUUCUCUGAGGCUUCCAGUGUGACUAGCACAUGGGCCAUCACUGAAGGCCAAGGAUUCGGAAAGCUCAACAUGAGUCUCGGAUUCCGAGGCAUGCAGACUCGAUUCGCCAAGAACAUGCGAGGAUGGCAGACCGGCACGCUCGAAGUCGGUGACGUCCAGAUCGACAUCGACCAUGAGAAGAAGUCGGACUUUUCGGCUUCGAGCACUUCCCUUACUAUCAAGACUUCCGAUUCUCAGGAAAACCUCUCCAAAAAGGAGGCCGAGGUCCACGGCGACAGUGUCUUCUGGGAGAGCGAAGACUUGCGUAUGCCAAUCUACUCGAGGUAUUCGUCUUCGGUCGUCUUCGAGCUCGGUUCCAAGGGCGGUCUGAAAAGUCUCAUCGGCAAAGCUGGUCCUGCGGCUAUCGCUGUACUCUGGCUUCAAGAUUUGACUGAUGACGUGGAGCAGAGCGUCAAGCUGCCCAUCUUCAUCGGCGAGAACUUGGAAACCUUGCGACAAAACGCCAUUAAUGAUCAGACUGCCGAACACCACAACUUUGAGCUUAUCGGCUGGAUGACUGUCGUACUGAAGCUGUCCUCGGGACUUGACUUGGACCACGAACGACUGCGAGAAUCCUUGUCUAGUGCCAGGCGACAUGCCUUGGAAGCGUUCGACCGAAUUGAAGGCGAGGCCCAGAUUGCCGAAAAGAACAGUCACGCUAUGGACGAUGGUCACAUCGAUAAGAAGGAGCAAAAGGCCAUCGACGAGGCGCACGAGCGGCAAUUGCUUGCUCGUGGCCGAGGAAAGGCUCAACUCAAGCCUUACCGAACGGGCAAGUGGAUCAAGAACGGUAUCAAGAGCCGUCUCAUGCCGAACCACACGAAGAGUCGAGAGCCAACCGUCAUGACUGAGUAACAGGCCAUGCGUUUUUGUGGGGAUAUCUAUCAAAGGGCAGACCAUCGAGACUUCUUGUUCCAUCAUUACUUUCCACGAAACUGUAUCAUGCAAUA